AUUUUCAAAACGUUUAGUAAACAACAAAUAUAGGAAGCGAUUAAAUGGAUUCACCGAAAGCAUAGAAUUCUAUUUUAUCAAAAUAAUUGUUGUUCACUAACCGCAAAAAUGGAAAUAAAUACAACGAACCAAGUUGCCACUGAAAAAAGCAAAAAGCGCAUACUUAACGCCUUAGAAUAUUCGACUAUUUGUAAUUUCAUACAGCAUUAUCAUGGACUUGCCAUAGAUUGCGAGAUGGAGAUGGUAAAUCGGAUUUUCACCGACAUUGAUAGGCAGACGUUAAAAAGUAUCUUGCAAACAGAACUUUCUACACGUUUAAGAGCACAGCAUUGGCAAAAUGAAUUAAAAGCAAAAAAAUACUUAAAAGCUUUUAAAGAUCAAGUAAGCACACAUCCAGCACCUACAUUGCUCCUGAAAAUUGCAUGCUUAGAGGGCAUGAGUCCGAUGGCACUUUGUCGCACUAUUUUGCAAGAAAAAUAUAAAUUUUUGCAUAAAGCGGAUUUGAGUCGUCUACUCAAAUAUCCACAUCUCAUAGACGAUCCGAAACUAGCCGCCAAUGUAAUACAAUGCAUGUGUAGUGAUUCCCAAGAUGGACCGCUUGUUGAUUUGCGUCGCCGAAUUUUAGGCGAAGAGUAUGAAUUUAAGUUAAAAGAAAUGGCCACUGCCGCAAAUAUGCACUACUACGAUGAAAAUGACUUGCGACGUCUUGGCUAUGAUAAAACACCAGAUAUUAAAAUGAUAGUGCCAUUCUUAUACAAAGGUGAAGUGGUGAAUUGGAUUGAAAGUAAGGCCAACUUUGGUGAUGUAAAAACGCAUAAAUGGUACAUACAACAACAGCUUUAUAGCUACAGUAAUCGUUUUGGUGCCGGAAUUGUUAUUUAUUGGUUUGGUUAUCACGAGGAUACUCCGAGACUGCCGGAUAAUAACGUAGGAAUAAUUGUUUUAGACGAUUUUCCAUCUUCUGACCAUAUGGUAUUUCUUAAUAUAUGUGAUGAUGCCAAUCCAACAACAGAAAUCGCGUCGGAAUCAAGUCUACAAAAUUGUACAAGCUGAAAAUUAAAAUGACAAAAAAUACUCAUUUUAGCGCGCUACUUAUACAAAUAUUUAAGUCCAUAUAUGCGCAUAUUUAUUUAUAACCAUAAUAAUUUUACGGCAUCGUGGUGUAUGUAUGUAUAUAACUAGUGCAGUAAUACAUCAUUUUAUGUUCCAUAUAUAAUAAUAACUUAUUUAUAAAAAAAUGGAUUUCCUAACCUCGUUGAAAUAAAUUUUGUUUAUUGUUAAAAUAAGACCUGCCUUACUUUUGGCAUCCGGAACUAUUGAACACAGCAAAAUGUUGAUUCCUUCAAAAUAAAUAUACAUACAUAUAUGA